CCGUACCCGCGGGUGAGAGCCGCACUGCUUAGGGUCGGACCGCUUAGCAACGCACCGCAUCGCUCCGCAGCGGACAGGCAGCUGUAAUCAUGGAGAACCUGAGUAAUGCCAACAGCAGAUUUGCACUUGACCUGUUCAGAAGGUUUAAUGAGACCAACCCAACAGGAAACCUCUUCUACUCUCCUCUCAGCGUUUCUGCUGCUCUGGCCAUGGUCCUUUUAGGGGCCAAAGGUAACACCGAGUCACAGAUGCUGAAGACACUUCAUUUUGACAAAGUUGAAGAUGUCCAUUCAAGAUUUCGGACUCUGACGAUGGAUGUGAACAGAAGCAAUGCUCCCUACCUCUUGCGGCUUGCCAAUCGGCUUUUUGGAGAGAAGACCUACAGCUUUUUGCCUGAUUUCCUGACUAAUACUCAGAAAUUAUACGGUGCUGACUUGGCCACAGUUGAUUUUGGUCGGGCUUGUGAUGAAGCCAGGACGGAAAUUAACCAGUGGGUAGAGGAGAAAACUGAAGGUAAAAUCCCUGAUCUGCUGUCUGAAGGCUCAGUUAGUAGCAUGACCAAGCUCGUACUGGUGAAUGCUAUUUAUUUCAAAGGGAACUGGGCAGAGAAAUUUGCAGAAGCUGACACCACUGACAAGCCAUUUCGGUUGAAUAAGAAUGAAAGAAAGACAGUAAAAAUGAUGUAUCAGAAAAAGAAAUUCCAUUUUGCAUACAUCCCUGAAGUGAAGAUUCGUGUUCUAGAGCUGCCUUACGAGGAAGAAGAACUUAGUAUGAUCAUCUUGUUACCUGAUGACAUUGAAGAUGACUCCACUGGACUGCAGAAGCUGGAGAAGCAGCUUACCUUAGAGAAGCUCCAAGAAUGGACAUGUCCACAGCGUCUGUAUUCCACUGAUGUUCAUGUGCAUUUGCCAAAGUUCAAGCUAGAAGAAAGCUAUGACCUUGGAUCAGAUUUAGCAGCUCUGGGCUUGUUGGACAUAUUUGAGAGUGGCAAGGCUGACUUGUCAGGAAUGUCAGGGGCACGUGACCUCUUUAUCUCUAAAAUCGUCCACAAGGCUUUUGUAGAAGUGAAUGAGGAAGGCACAGAAGCCGCUGCUGCCACUGCUGGCAUUGCUAUGCUCUGCAUGGCUAUAGAAGAGAAUUUCAAUGCUGACCAUCCUUUCUUUUUCUUUAUUCGCCACAACCCAACGCAGAGCAUACUCUUCUUUGGCAGGUGCACUUCUCCAUAAAAGACUCCUAGUCAUUUGCACAUCAGUUUCUGCUGCAGUCAGAGUUUCACUCCUGUAGAAAGUUAAUGACUCGGUCUUGAGUUUCUGGUAGAUUCUGCCUUUCCCAUUUAAACAAUCUCAGAGAAACUGAGGAGUGAUUUAUUUUUCUCUUGAGAUGAUUGACAUUAUCUCUACUAACUAGGCAAAUCUUAACUGCAGGGAGAAGGAAGCUUGUGAAAUUGCACUAGAAGAACUCCUGGCUCUUCCUUUCAAAGCACAGGCUCGCUAUGUAUACAUCCCUGCAUGGGUUUGUCUGUGUUGACACAGAUUCUUGUUGUAAUAACUUGUAAUAAUCCAGUCGCUCUUUAUGCAUGUGUACUAGGCUGUUCUUACAAAGGUCUUCCUCCACUGAAGUCCUGUUUUUCAAAGACACUGCAGUAAAAUCCUUCUGGGCACCAAAAGGCAUGUUUCUGAACAGCUGAGUUUACUCAGUUCUGUUGUUAAAUAGAAGGUCAGAAGCCAUUUGUUUAGAGAUAGCUAUUAAUAGAAAAGGAUUAAGCUAUUUAAACAGAAGUAUUUCCUUCUAAUCAUUAGCCAGAAAACUUGCAAUACAGCUUCUGAAUAAGGAGGAGAAGAAAUACAUAAAAACUAUGUGGUAUGUUUGAAGAUUUUUAACAUUUAUAACCUGGAGCUAUUCUAGUUAGUCAAAAUAGCAAAAUAUACCAGGGCUUAGAGGUCUUAGGUGCUUGGAGCCGAUGGGUGCCUUUCUGCAUGAUCAGAAGAUUUUAUUAUAACAUUCUGACCUGAACCUGGAGAUCCUAUAAAAAAGAGACUCCAGUUUCCCAGAGAAUGACUGUGCAUAAUCUGCAGCAAAUAUCCAAUGUGUCUUUUUAUGCACAAGGAUUCAGCAUUUACUGUGCUGACAUCCAUUACAUCUUUAUACACAAACAUGUACUGUACAACAGCCUGAUGCCUGAGAACCUCUGUGAUCACAUACUGCUGGUGCUCUCAGUUUAUUUCUGAAGCUUGUUUGUUUGCAUUCUGUACAUUUUAGGUACUGUAACUUUUACCUGUACAACCUCAGUUCUAAGCAGGGCAAAAUAAUUUCUAUUAUUUGCAAACUGUAUAAUAAUUUUGUCUUUUAGCAACAAAUAAAACUCUUCAACUUCUGGUCAAAA